AUGGACUCAGGUCUUGAUAUCGUCGAGGAAACUGUCGACAGUCUCGUCAUCUCCCAAGUGAAGAGUGAUUUCGCCAAACUCGGAAUUUGCUUGUGCCUUUUCCGCCGCGGAAUGUGGGAUAAUAUGCUAGAAAGUACCGUCAUCGAGUAUUACAUUAAGAAUAUGAGUUGUGGCACCAAAAUUGCCAAUAACAAGGAGCGCAGAAGGACUAGCAGAUGGGUGGAUUUUUCUGUGAGGCUGGCAAGCAUGGCUACUAUUGAUUCUUGGCUUGAAGAUGCCGAUUCCACUUCCAGUUUGUCAGAACAACACUUGAAUUAA